GGCGCGCAGUUGUGACGCAAGGCCGCCAAGGUGAUGGCGGGGCUGUGGCGGCUCUGCCGUGAGGGAGGCUCAGGGAAUCGGGAGUGUCUGGGGUAAAAACAGCUCAGAGAUGACUCAGCUGUGGCUCUCCCAGAGCCUGCAGGGAACUUACUUACGGGAAAGAUGGGACAAGUCUAUUUGCAACAGCACGGAGGGACAGGACAAGGGCUUCUCACUGCCAGAGGGCAGGGCUGGAUGGGAUAUUGGGAGGGAAUUGUUCCCUGGGAGGGUGGGCAGGCCCUGGCACAGAGUGCCCAGAGCAGCUGUGGCUGCCCCUGGAUCCCUGGCAGUGUCCAAGGCCAGGCUGGACGGGGCUGGGAGCAGCCUGGGAUGGUGGAAGGUGUCCCUGGAUAUGGCAGGGAGUGGGAUGGGAUAGUCCCUAAUCACCUUUCCCAGCCAAACCACUCCAUGAUCCCACCGAUUCCAUUAUUCCAAUAUUCUGUGUUUCCAUGUUUAUAAUGAUUCCAUAAUUACAAUGUUUCCAUUUUCUUAUCAUCCCAAUGAUUCAUUAAUCCAGUGAUUCCACGUUUCCCCGAUUCCAGCAUUCCAUGAUCUCGAUGUUUCCCUAAUCCAAAUGAUUCCCUGCUCCCGAUGUUUGUUUUCCCCGUUCCCGGUGUUUGUUUUCCCGCUCCCGGUGUUUGUUCCCCCGUUCCCGAUGUUUUGUUCCCUGUUCCCGGUGUUUAUUCCCCGCUCCCGGUAUUUGUUCCCCCGUUCCCGGUGUUUGUUUUCCCAGUCCCAGCCCGAGCGUGGCGCCCCCUCCCGGCCGGGGCACUCACUCGGGGGAGCCGCUCCGUGUCCCGGGGGUCGCGGAUUCGAUCCUCACUCCGGCGUUCCCUAGUUCGUGCCGCGGCCGGGCGGUGCCGCUCCGCCCUCUGGGCGGCUCCUCCUGCGGGGACAGCGCCAGGCGAGGCUGGGGACUCGCGGCCUGCCCUGCCCGGCCGUGCGCUGCGGGGCCAUGGCCGAGCUGCGGCCGGGGCUGGCGCAGCUCUUCCAGCGCCGGUUCCUGGCGGCGCGGCCGCUCCGCUCGCUGCCCUGGCCGGAGCUCGAGCAAUGUCUGCGGACCGCGCCGGACCCCGCGCUGCUGGCGGAUAUUCUGCACAAGGUGAGGACAGCUCGGAGUCUCCCCCGUGCCACCUGCGGGCGGUGUCCCAAAGCCGGCGGAAUGGCUCAGAAAUACGGAGAGCAGUGACCCGGUGUCGCAGCGUUUCGAAAGGCUCUACAGAACUGCAGACAAUUCUUCACCCUCUGUGUGUGAAAUAUCCCCCUUCGGCCAAGUACAGGAGAUGUUUCCUGACUGAGCUCAUCAAAAAGCUUGAAUCCACAGCAGCUGAACCUCUGGAUGAACUCUAUGAGGCACUGGCAGAUGUUCUAAAAGAAGAAGAAUCUACUCACUGUUACAAAAACUACUUACUGCCCACGGGGGACUGUGUGAGCCUCUCCGAGAGCACGGCGCUGAUCUCCGGGGGCACCACGGGGCUCGUCACCUGGGAGGCUGCUCUGCUGCUGGCCCAGUGGGCACUGCAGAACCCUGCUGUCUUCAGGGACAGGACAAUCCUGGAAUUGGGCAGUGGGAUUGGUUUCACUGGAAUUGCCAUCUGCAAGACCUGCCAACCCAGGACAUUCAUAUUUAGUGACUGCCACCCCCGUGUUCUCAGACAGCUGGGAGAAAACAUCCGGCUAAACGGCUUCAUCCCGGAGCCUGACGUGCCCUGGAGCAUCCAAACAGAGCCCCAAGGACAGGAGCUGGAAGGAGAGAGCUGCCAAAACCCAAAAGUGAUUGUUGCUGAGCUUGACUGGGGCUCAGUGACAGAAGAACAGCUGCUGGGUCUCAGAGCUGAUGUUGUCAUUGCAGCAGGGAAUGACUCCAGAUACUUCUGCAAGCCUUGGCAUCAACCUCUAAACCAACUCAUUUCUAACAGUGCAGAUGUGGUGUAUGAUCCUGAGAUAAUCUUAGCCCUCAUUGGGAUGCUACAGAAACUCUCCACCUGCAGAGCAGACAGGAGAGCUCCUGAGGUGUUCAUUGCCUCCACAAUCCGAAAUCCAGACACGUAUCAGCUCUUCCAGGAUGAGCUGGAUAAAGCUGGGAUCAGGUGGCAGAUGAUUCCAGCCCACAGCUGCUGUAAUUUUCUCUAUGAUGUGCAGCCAGAUGUAACUAUUCUACAGCUAUUUAUAUAGGCUUGGCAACAGAACUGGAAUAUUGAGACCAACAGGAGCUGUCUCAGCCUUGUAUCAAGAUUAUCCAGAAUUCUGGAAACAAGAGGUUCUGAGGAUACAACUGUACACAAGGACAUGUGGAGUCCUUCCUGUAACUCCCAGCAUGGAUCCAAGCCUGCUGCUGCCCCUGGGAAGUGACUGAACCUCAAGCAACAGAAAUCAAAAAAAAGCCCCAGUCACACUUCACUUGCAUUCUGUAGAAGACAACAGAAUUCAAGUGGGUUUUUUUUCCCAACUGUGUAGUGAUUUGUAAGUACUGGGGGCAACCUGCAGGAUCACAGGAUGAGGAUCACAGACAAGAGUGCAAAACAAUGUUUCAAAGUAAUCAAUGGGUUUUGAUACUAAAACCAGCUGUAAUUGUCUACUCUGGUCUUUUAUGUCUGUAUGCACUUGCAGUUUGGGUUAGCUUAAAAUCCCCCAAUAAAACAGUGACCAACACCUGUAGUUGUGUCCCAGGAUGCCUCUGCUGUAAAUGAGGUGCAUCUUUACUCUGCAGUGAUGACAAGUCAGAACUGAUGGCCCUUUCUCUCACAUAAGGACUGUCACUUCCACAGUGGCUGCUGGGAAUGAAGAAGGAAUCACUCUGGAGCAGUGCUCCAGGUAUCCUGCAAAGAGCAAGGACUCAGCUCCCCUGCUCUGAAACUUCCACCAUCCAUUAAUCACUCUCCUGUCAGGCAGUAUUGGUCCUGAAGCAAAAAAAUCAAAGUGCUGCUCAUUCUUCUCUUUUGACUUCAUUUUCUCCAUUAAAAACUACUUGAAAAAACUUCAAGUUCCUCCUUCUGUAGCAAUGGAGAGAAAACUGAUGACACCUAACUUGAAACUUGAAGAAUCUUCUUAUUCUUUAAGCUAAAGGAGACCAUGAUUGCUGGGAUCAAGCAGAAAUAACCCCAGGCCAGGUUUUGCUUCCCUGUCCCCAAAAAGAAGGAACUCAAAGGUGUUAUUUCCAGAGUAAACACAAGCUGGCAACCCACACAGGAGCUCCUGUAUCUUCCCUUACACAAAAUUCAAGUCAAAGGUUCUGUACAGAGCUCAUUUUGGAUCUAAUAAGUUCUAUUAUAGGAAGAGGAAACCUCUCUAAAGCUUUUGGCAUUACUGGUUAAUUAGAGAAGUGCCUAAUUUAUCUCCAUGUGCACAGGAAUGGCCAAACCUCUUGACAGGAUUUUGACUGAAAA